AUGGAGCCGUCCGCCAAGUACGCGCUGUACCACGCAACGGACCCGGCCUCGCUCAAGUGGGCGGCGAAGAUCCGCCUGACGCCCGAGCUGCUGGCCAAGCUCCAGGACGGCUCCGUGGCUGAUGACCUCUCGCUCACGUUCUCGGCCGACAAGACAGAGCCGAGCGUCCUGCGCGUUGGCGACGAGGCCUUUGAGCUGCUCACGUACCCCGAAGAUGCGUCUGUGAACCACCUCUGCACGCUCAGCCCCGAGGACGACGGGCGCGGCUACUCGUUCUACGAAACCGGGCGCAUUGCGAAGAAGCUCAUCGUGCAGCGGCUCUUGGACAGCACCGAGAAAGACCGGCUCAAAGACCGCCACGCCAAGUCUGUGGAAGACUACAAGUCGCGCAGCUCCAAGCUCCUUGAGGACAAGCCGACGCGCGGUGAGCGCAAGCGGACACGCACUGUCAUUUGGCAACCGGACACGCCAGCAGUGGCCAUCCCUGAGAAGCCUUUGACAGCGUUCGCUUCGGCACUAACGUCCGACCAGCUCGAGGCGAUCACGCAUGAAAUAGCCAAAAAGAUCGAGGUCGAGCCCGUUCUGAAGGUCGAGCCGGCUCCAAAGAUCGAGGCCAAGCCAGCCCCGAAGAUUGUUGCUGAGCUUCCCAAGGUUGUCGAAGCAGCUUCAGUCGAGAUGCCCAAGGCCAAGGCCAAGGCGACGCCCAAGCCCAAGGCUACUCUUGCCAAGAUCUCAUCCCCAGUCCAGCGAGUGCCUGCGACCGUCGGCGCAAAUGAGCCACCAAGCAAGGCCGUAGUUAACGUCGCGUCGUCACUGGAUCUCCCCGUGCCGGCCUUAGUGCCACGUGUUCCGGAAACCACCAAGCUCAUCCGUGCCAAGCGUCGCGUUCUCUCCCCCGCCGUGCACGCGCUCUCGACCUUUACGCCGGACAUGGAAACCAUCUUCAAAAAAUACAGCGCCACACGUCCGUUGGUGGCCGCGAUUGCCAAUGAGAGCGAGCGGGUUGCGUGCGAGGCCACGCUCGCCGAGCACGUGGCUGCGUGGACCCUUCUCGAAAAGUCGUAUUCGAUCGAGGUUGUUCUUACCAACACAAAGGCCAUCACAGGCGCGCCCCCCAAUGCCAAGUACGCUCAGAAGCACGAGCUCCGCGAAGAGGGCAUUGCGACCGUGAAAGCCCUCAUGGACCAUCUGUUGUCGCUGAUUUCAACCGCCGAACUCGCCAUCGCGAGCUUCAAAACGCCGGCAAUGAUGGCCGAGAACGACGACGGGACGUUGUAA